AUGGAAUCAGCGUUGCAUCACAACUUCAAGUCGCACAUGGGAGCUAAAUUUGUCCAACUACGGCUAGCUGCUUACCGAAGUGGGGUAGAAAGGCAGCAACAACCUUCAACAGGCUGGUCGCUCAAUUUCCAACCUCACGAACUCCAAGCUGACAGUCAGUGUUCUCAAGCAAGGAUCUUAGCCUGUCUCAUUUCUACUGCCUCUGUAGGCGUAGAAAUACUAUGCUCACACAUUAUGCCAACCACAAAGCUCGAAAAUCUCCCUCCAGAGGUGUUGACUGCGGUCUGUACCUCGUUUAGAGACGACCGGGCGGGACUAUUGUCAAUCUCUCAGGUCUCGAAGUACCUGCGGGCAAUAUCAGUCCCCAUCAUAUUCAAACACAUUACCAUCACGACAAGUACUGGGAGACGUCGACGUCGAAGAUCUAGUCGUCCUCCGACUCGUGAUACCCGAGCGAGUUUACUACGCACCAUAGUCGCCAAUCCAUCGAUCGCCGCGCAUGUCUCUAACGUCUACUGUCCAUCAUCACGGGGCGCCGUGCCUAGCAUAGACGAGGAAGACAUGGAUUUCAUUCUUCAGACAGCCUCAAAAUUUGAUGUCCCGGUUCCAGAAUUACUCCGCUUCGGCGGUGCUGACCCAGCUCUUGAGGGUAGGCGCGGCUGGGCCCUCAGUGAUGACGACAUGCAGCGCCUCGUCGCUGUGCGCGCAUUCUUCGCAGAACUCAUUAUAGCACAUACGCCCAAUAUCGUCACACUAGACUAUAGUAUAGGCCGCUACCGGAAUGCCCUCGAAGUGUUAGGGAUGGUCCAGGCUUCAUCCUCUUUCAACCGUCAGCCGAUGUUUCCUGUGCUGAAAAACGUCCGCUUGCAGCUAUUUGGGCCCGGAAUCUUCCUCAGAACGCUACCUGUAAUCGCUCCCAAUCUCCAAACACUCCGGAUCCAAGGAUUAGCUGCACCAAUGGAAGCCUGGCACUUCGAUAGGGUCAAGGAUCUCCGAUUAACCUCAUCAAAUUUUACGGGCCCUGAGCUCAGGACCGUCUUGACAGGGUGUCCCGCUUUGACGAACUUUGACUACGACUACUAUUCUCUCAGAGACCAGAGAUGUGCUCCGCAAGAUGUACUUGAUGCUUUGGGGGGCUUUGAAACACAGUUGGAGGGCCUCUCCUUGAACUUUCACUCCGACACAUGGACAGGCCGUGGGCGGGAGCCAUUGCCUACAGAUUCAAAUGAGCCCAACUCGGGGCUGAUAGUGUCUUUAAAGCAUUUUACGGCCUUGGUCAAUAUUCAGCUGGACAGUGUGUGCUUGUGGAAAGACACAGGCAAGGAGUCCACAGGCGAGGAUCAAGAAAGUGAGACGGAACAAAUACUCAUAAACCUUCUACCAAGGGCUGUAAAGAACUUACGUCUCACUUAG